CAAAAAUUCAUUCUUUCCUUUUUCCUUCACCAACUCUUAUCCAAAAAUCUUUACUUACAAAUCAUCAAAUGUAUCUAUCUUCCGAAGAAUCACAACCCCAAAUCGAUUUCUACCAACCACCCAACAACACAAACAUGUUACUCAAACAACAACAACAACAAAUGUUAAUUAUGUCUGAAACCAACAACAAUAACAACAGUAGUGGUCGGUCAUCCGAUCAACAUCAACAAAAUCUAAGAGGAGGACCUAAAAAACGAGCUGAAACUUGGAUACAAGAAGAAACCCGGAUAUUAAUAAGUCUCAGACGUGAAAUUGAUCGCCUUUUUAACGCCUCAAAAUCGAACAAACAUUUAUGGCAACAGAUUUCUGCUAAAAUGAAAGAUAAGGGUUUUGAUAGAUCACCCGCUAUGUGUACGGACAAAUGGAGGAAUUUGUUGAAGGAUUAUAAGAAAGUCAAGUAUGAAUUUGGUGGUAAUACUAAUAAUAAUAAUAAUAAUAAAAUGUUGUAUUAUCAAGAUUUGGAUGAUUUGCUUAGAAAUAGAGUUACAAGUAAUUGUGCUAGUAGUUAUAGUAAGGGCGGCGGUAGUGGUGUAUCGUCUCCUCCUAGUUGUUCUAAGCUCGAUUCGUUUAUUCAGUUUUCGGAUAAAGGGCUAGAGGAUGCCGGUAUGCCGUUUGGACCUAUGGAAGAUAAUGACCAGUCAACAGUGAAUCUUGAAACGCCUUUGGAUAAUGGUGGUGAUCCUCUUGUCAUCACUACAGAUGAAGCAGUUGCUGCACAUGGUGUCCCCCCUUGGAACUGGAGAGAAAACCCUGGAAAUGGUGCUGAAGGUCAGUCGUCUUAUGGGAGGAUAAUAACUGUGAAAUAUGGAGAGUACACAAGAAGGAUUGGUGUUGAUGGAUCAGCAAAAGCAAUAAAAGAGGCAAUAAAAUCUGCUUUUGGCUUAAGAUCAAAACGGGCAUUUUGGUUGGAAGAUGAAGAGAGUAUCAUCCAUGCACUAGACCGGAGCAUGCCUGUGGGGACUUACAAUCUUCACCUAGAUGAAGGAGUCUCUAUAAAGAUCUGCCACUACGAUGAAUCCGGACGUACAGCAGUUCGUACUGAAGACAAAACCUUUUAUACAGAGGAGGAUUUACACGAGUUUCUGAUUCGUCGCGGGUUGUCAGGCUUAAGAGAGAUAAAUGGGUAUCGAAGUGUUAACAAUGUGGAUGAUUUACGUCUCGGUGCCGUUUAUCAAGGUCUGAGACUCAUAAAGGACUAGAAAUCAUUUGUUGCCAUCUAUUUUUUGGGGUUACAUUGAGAAAUAAAGUUAAGUAGACAACCGAAGAUGGCUUCCUUUUCUAUCAUUCAGUGUAGCUUGAAGCCCUGGAUCUCUAGGAACUUUUUGACAUGUAUUUUGUGUUGUACAGAACUACAGAUUUAGGAGUAACUUUUGUUAGCAUAAGAUCUUCGCAAUUGAUUGGCAAUGACGAAUGUGGAGUUGUUAUUUAACCCUACAUAUUAAAAAAGAUGUUAACGAGGAA